AUGCUUCCCCUGCUACUUCGGUAUAUGGCGUUGCUGCCAGCACGUUGGAUAGAACUACUUGUAAUGUUGCAAGUUUAUGUAUUAGCAGCUGUGUAUAUUGUUAAAGAGCUACUUUUUGAGGCUACUAAUCAAGUCCACAUGCUUCCCCUACUACUUCGGUAUAUGGCGUUGCUGCCAGCACGUUGGAUAGAACUGCUCGUAAUGUUGCAAGUUUAUGUAUUAGCAGCUGUGUAUAUUGUUAAAGAACUUCUUUUUGAGGCGACUAAUCAAGGUAUCAAAAAGCGGCUUGAGAAUGACAUUCGUAAAUCUCGAGCUCUUCAUUCAGCACGUAAUAAGACUGUACUGGUUACCGGAGCUGAUGGUACGAUAGGAAGAGAAGUAGUGAAGAAAUUACUACGCUAUGACUUCACCGUCCAUGCUCUCGUUGGUGAUCGAAAGAAGGCGAAAGAAUUUUUUGCAUCCAUGAAUGGCUCAAGAUUGCCCCUCACUAUCUACGAAGUCGAUUUUGGCGAUCCUAAUGAGGUAGCUAAAUUUGCUCGAGGCUUUGUUACAAGGUGUACAGAACUAAAUAUUGUCGUGUUAUGUGCUGGAACAAUGUUAGCUCCUCCGAAAGUAGCUAAAUUCGCUCGAGGGUUUGUUACAAGGUUUACAGAACUGAAUAUUGUCGUGUUGUGUGCUGGAACAAUGUUAGCUCCUCCAAAAUUGGUUGACAAUAUCGAGACUCAUAUGCGGGUCAAUGUCCUCUCCCAAGCGCUUCUUCUUCAUUUGCUCGAUCCUAUCUUGACUUCGGAUUCCCGAAUAACGGCUCUGAGCUCAUCUACAGCAAGAAUUGCCUUCUUCACGAGUUCGUUGUUACAGCAAGGUACGUUCAACCAAAGUUUGGAUGAAACUAGUCAUUUAACAAUCGGUUGCUUACUUUUUACGUUUCUCAAUCUCGUAUGAAA